AUCGAAAAUAUCGAACCAGGAGUCUGCAAGAGCCAAGCGGGGUCGGCAGGGACAACCUCAGUCGCUCACGUUCUUAUCUCGCAGCCAUCGCCGUCGCCAUCGUCAUCAUCAUCGCCAUCAGAAAAAACCACCCAAACAAUCAUCCUCCAAUCAUUUCCCGGCCGCCGGCGCACACUCCGACCAAUUCAAUUCACACCUUCAGAAAAAAAAACAGUAACAGUCUCCAAAAAUGGCUUCCGCGAUCUCCGCGGGGCUCUCGUUGAAGCUGAGCCCUAAUCGGAUCAACCACAAGCAGCUCCUCCAAUCUCCGAUCUCGAUUCAAUCGCAUCCCCCGCCGGGAAAUUUCCGCGUUCCACGCGUGGCGCGUGAGGUCUCGCCGACGACGGUUUCCGGAUCCUCGAACGACGUCGUUUUGCAGUCGGCUGGGCUGGAGAAGGAUCCGCACGCGCUGUGGAAGAGGUACGUCGACUGGUUGUACCAGCACAAGGAUCUAGGGUUGUACCUUGACGUCAGCCGGGUCGGGUUCAGUGACGGGUUUGUUGAGGAAAUGGAGCCCCGGCUCCAGAAGGCGUUCAAGGACAUGGAAGAGCUGGAGAAUGGUUCGAUUGCGAACCCGGACGAGGGGAGAAUGGUUGGCCAUUAUUGGCUGCGGAACCCUAAACUCGCACCUAAAGCAAUUUUGACUCAGCAGAUUGAGAAAACUUUGGAUAGCAUCUGUGACUUUGCUCAGCAGGUCAUCAGCGGUAAGAUUAGACCUCCUAUAAAAGAUUCAUUUACACAAAUCCUUUCGAUUGGAAUUGGUGGUUCAGCUCUCGGGCCGCAGUUUGUUGCAGAGGCGUUGGCUCCUGAUAAUCCUCCUCUUAAGAUAAGAUUCAUCGACAAUACAGAUCCAGCUGGGAUUGAUCAUCAAAUUGCACAGAUUGGCAGGGAGUUAGCUUCGACACUCAUCAUAGUCAUAUCAAAGAGUGGAGGUACUCCUGAAACAAGAAAUGGCUUACUGGAAGUUCAAAAGGCCUUUCGUGAAGCAGGGCUCGAUUUUUCAAAACAGGGUGUUGCGAUUACACAAGAGAAUUCAUUACUCGAUAACACUGCACGGAUUGAGGGCUGGUUGGCUAGAUUUCCAAUGUUCGAUUGGGUGGGUGGUCGAACCUCCGAAAUGUCUGCUGUUGGUUUGCUUGCAGCUGCGCUUCAGGGAAUUGAUAUCAAAGAAAUGCUAGCUGGUGCGGCAUUGAUGGAUGAAGCUACCCGGUCCACAGUCUUGAGGAACAAUCCAGCAGCAUUGCUUGCUUUAUGUUGGUAUUGGGCGACAGGCGGAGUCGGAGCCAAGGAUAUGGUCGUCCUUCCUUACAAGGACAGCCUUUUGUUAUUCAGUCGAUAUCUGCAGCAGCUCGUCAUGGAAUCUCUAGGCAAAGAGUUCGACCUCGACGGUAACAAGGUAAAUCAAGGGAUCACCGUGUAUGGAAACAAAGGAAGCACUGAUCAACAUGCGUACAUUCAACAGCUAAGAGAAGGGGUCCAUAACUUCUUCGUGACAUUUAUCGAAGUUCUACGGGAUAGGCCUCCGGGUCACGACUGGGAGCUCGAACCCGGCGUCACCUGCGGUGACUACCUCUUCGGGUUUUUACAGGGAACAAGAUCUGCAUUGUAUGCUAAUAACCGGGAAUCUAUUACGGUCACCGUGCAAGAGGUGACUCCUCGUUCGGUUGGCGCGCUAGUUGCACUUUACGAGCGGGCAGUUGGGAUUUACGCGUCGUUGACCAAUAUCAAUGCGUAUCACCAGCCAGGAGUCGAAGCGGGGAAAAAAGCAGCGGGAGAAGUUUUAGCUCUUCAAAAGCGUGUUCUCGCCGUUUUGAAUCAUGCAAGCUGUGAAGAGCCCGUCAAAGCAUUGACGCUUGAUGAAAUAGCUGACCGCUGCCAUGCUCCGGAGGAGAUCGAAAUGAUCUACAAGAUCAUCGCUCAUAUGGCGGCAAACGAUAGGGUGAUAAUUGCGGAAGGGAGCUGUGGUUCUCCGAGAAGCGUGAAGGUGUUCUUAGGAGAAUGCAACGUCGAUGAUGAAGAAAUAAUGAACAACAACAACAACAACAACGAUGCUGCUUGAAAGCAAACAUUGCUUUACUUGCUGUUUGAAGUAAGACUUUUUCUUUUCCUAAAAAACACACACUCACUGACAGAGAGAGAGGAGUAGAAAGGGAAUUGUUUUGCUUAUAUAUAUAUAUAUAUAUAUAUAAAUUGUGAUAUUUAUGUCUGUCUUCAAUCAAGCUUAAGGAAGGAAUAAGGAGUAGAAUUGUUUGUGUACGGUGAUGUUGAUGCUGAAUUGGAAGGAAUAAGGAGUAAAUUAUACAAAACUUUAUGAAAUUGCCAUUUAUUUCCGAAA